AUGAAUAUCCUUGAGAAGAGUCUCGUUACCAUCACUAUACCUGCAAAACAGUCAGAAGAUAAUAGUGAAUUUAUAAUAGUCAAAUUUGAGAUUACAUUGAUUAAAUGCGAGCGUAACAAACCAAUUUGGGAGUGGACUGCAGAAGAGAAGUACAAAAUAGCUUUGAGAUAUAAAGAAAGAGGAGUCGAAUUGUUUAAGGAUUCAAGAAUUACAGAUGCAUUCUACAAAUUCAGUAGGGCUUGCAAACUCUUGAUAACAUUGGAGCCAAUAGCAGACUUAGAUUUAGACAAGCAGUUAGAAUCCAGUAUUAAUGAGCUGAGACUUGCACUGUACAACAAUAUGGCUAUGUGUCAUUUGAGUCGGAAAAACUAUAAACAUACCAUUACUCUAUGUACUAAAGUAUUGUAUAAGGAUAAGAAUAAUGUUAAGGCUUUAUAUAGAAGAGGGGUGGCAUAUGGAAAUAUGAAUAAUAAUGAAAGAGCUGUAGUAGAUAUGAAGGAAAUACUUAUCUUGGAGCCUAAUAAUAAUGCAGCAAAAGAACAGUUUAAUAUUUAUAAUACUAGAUUACAGGAAUCAAUUCAGAAGAGCAAUGAUAUGAUGAGAAAAAUGUUUAAGACUUAUUAA